AGGGAAGGCGGCGCGGAUAAAGGCUCAGGGGCCGCCCGCCCGGCCCCAGACCGGCACGGCCACCUCUCGCCACUAUCCACACGCAGGUCAUCUGAAGCAGUGGUGACCCAGGACCUACGGAGCCAGAUCUUGAGAGCGGCGGCUGCGGCUGUUGCUAAGGGAAGAGACGCGCGGGGUAGCACGACCCAAGAGGGAUCCAGGCACCGUGCGAUCCAGGAUAGCUUGCCCCGUUUCUGUAGGACCCUCCCCGUGCUGUACCCGAGUCGCUGUCUUCCGCCCUUGAAACCGGAUCACAGACCCCACCCCGGGGCGCAACCCAAGGAUCCCACGCGACCCCGGAGCACCACUCGGAUUCUUGAUUGCCGGCUCAAUUGCUAACGUUGGGACCUUCCCCAAGGGGCGCACGCAUUGCUCCUGUCCCUGGGAGCCCGCGGAGCGGAGGAGGACCUUGUUUCGGCGGGGGAGUCCCGGCAAGGAUUGGAGGCGACCCGCAGGCCCCCAGUUCUCCUGCGCGCGCCGGGGAUGGAGCCGCAGCCCGGCGGCGCCCGGAGCUGCCGGCGCGGGGCCCCCGGCGGCGCCUGCGAGCUGAGCACGGCCACGGAGUCGGCCGCACCCAUGAGCCUGGCGAUCCACAGCACCACGGGAACCCGGUACGACCUGUCGGUGCCCCACGACGAGACCGUGGAAGGGCUGCGCAAAAGGCUGUCCCAACGCCUCAAAGUACCGAAGGAACGCCUGGCGCUGCUUCACAAAGACACCCGGCUCAGUUCGGGGAAGCUGCAGGAAUUCGGCGUGGGGGAUGGGAGCAAGCUGACGCUCGUGCCCACAGUGGAAGCUGGCCUCAUGUCCCAGGCCUCGAGGCCGGAACAGUCCGUUAUGCAAGCCCUGGAAAGUUUGACCGAGACCCAGCCCCCAGCGACACCCGGGCCAGGCCGGGCUGCCGGAGGAGGCUUCCGGAAAUACAGAUUGAUUUUAUUUAAGCAUCCGUGGCACCGACAGGGACCCCAGAGCCCAGAGAGGGGCGGCGAGAGGCCCCAGGUCAGUGACUUCUUGUCGGGCCGCUCGCCUUUGACCCUGGCCCUUAGAGUUGGGGAUCACAUGAUGUUUGUACAAUUGCAACUGGCAGCCCAGCACGCCCCACUCCAGCACCGCCAUGUGCUCGCCGCUGCCGCAGCAGCUGCCGCCGCCGCCCGGGGAGACUCCAGCGUAGCCACCCCGGCGUCCUCGCCUUGUAGGCCGGUGUCAAGUGCUGCCCGUGUACCCCCAGUAUCCAGCAGCCCUUCUUCACCCGUGUCCCCCUCGCCCGUCACCGCUGGCUCCUUCCGAUCCCACGCAGCCUCCACAACCUGUCCUGAGAUGGACUGUUCUCCACCCGCCAGCAACAACACCACAUCCACCCCAGGCGGCAGCCCCACCCCUCGAUCCCGCAAGCCAGGCGCGGUCAUUGAGAGCUUUGUGAACCACGCUCCAGGGGUCUUCUCAGGGACCUUCUCUGGCACGCUGCACCCCAACUGCCAGGACAGCAGCGGGCGGCCUCGGCGUGACAUCGGCACCAUCCUGCAGAUCCUCAAUGACCUCCUGAGUGCCACGAGGCAUUACCAGGGCAUGCCACCCUCCCUGACCCAGCUCCGCUGCCACGCGCAGUGCUCGCCUGCCUCACCAGCCCCCGACCUCACCCCCAAAACUACCUCCUGCGAAAAGCUGGCAGCCACAUCCCCCACAUCCCUGCUCCAGGGCCAGAGCCAGAUCCGAAUGUGCAAGCCCUCUGGAGACCGUCUUCGACAGACAGAGAACCGCGCCACACGCUGCAAAGUGGAACGCCUCCAGCUCCUGCUGCAGCAGAAGCGCCUUCGAAGGAAGGCACGGCGGGACGCCCGGGGUCCCUACCACUGGACCCCCAGCCGCAAAGCUGGCCGCAGCGACAGCAGCAGCAGCGGGGGUGGAGGCAGCCCCGGCGAGGCAGCAGGCUUGGGCCUCGAGUUCGAGGACUCCGUUUGGAAGCCUGAAGUCAACCCAGACAUCCAGUCCGAGUUUGUAGUGGCUUAAAGGAUCCAGUCCCCCCAUCUGUCCACCACGAUCCCAUACACGGGACAGGAGGACACCACAGACUGGACGCUGAGCAGCCCAGCUCUGGGGGGCACGAGGUCACCUCUGUUGCCACUUACCAGCCUUUCUGAUUCUUUUUUAGCUCCUCCCCGACUGUCUACCCUGCAUCCCUGGUCACGUGCCCACUCCUCUUUCCUCCCUUACCAUGGUCACGGCCUCUGCGACAGGGCUCUCUCUUCCCUCCCACCUUCCCCAGCUCCAAAUAUGUAGCAGUCUGUUCCCAGAUGGCCCAGACGGAGGAAGCCACCCACCCCAGCCCUUCCCCUUCCGCUCCGCCUGGCUCUCCCCGCCCCCUUCCAUAACCCAAUUCAGGUUUUUAACUCAAUGUAGAUUCUCCAAGCACUUUACAGAUGAGGGUUGGGGACCCCAGGAUGAGUCCCCGCCCCCGCCCCCAUCCGCAGACUUGGCCACCAUUCCAGGCCAGCUGGACCCCUGCCCCUCCCACCCCGGAAAGCUGUUAGACUCACAGAGGACCUUUGUCCACAAAACCCACUUAACUCACAGCCUUCCUCCUGCCUCAGUCUCCCAAGUGCUACAAUGACAGGCCUUUGCCACUGUGCCUAGCUGGCCUUACUCUUGCCGCAGAAGCUAGUUGGGUGGGAAAAGCUGAAGCCGGUGACUGUCCUUUGGUCAGUCCUUUCUUUUGUUUUUUUCCUCACAAGAAUGGACAGGCUUGUAGGGCAGUGGUGGCGCAGGCCUUUUAUCCCAGCACUUGAGAGACAGACGGGAGGAUUCCUGAGUUCAAGGCCAGCCUGGUCUACAGAGUGAGUUCCAGGACAGCCAGUGCUACCCAGAGAAAUCAAAAAACUAAUGGACAGGCCUCCAGCCACGCUCUCUGGACACUGACCUUGCUGUCCCCUCCCUCCCCCCUCCACACACCCACUUAUUUCCCUAACCUUUCUUCCCAAUGGAGCUUGGGGGACUAUUUAUAGAUUUCAUUUUUUUUUUUGACUGAGCCAGUAAUGGUUGCUAUCCUCUAGGAAAAGAAAGAAACUGGGGUAGGUUGUAGUAGGGUGCCCAGAGAGACGCCCCUGUACCUCUUCUCCAGGCCCAGCCUGCAGCUGGGGACGGGAAGAGGGGUGCUGAGCUGUGACUGCAUUAACCCCACCCUGGGGAGGGCUCCACUGCAGGUCCACGGUGACCCCACGGUGAGGGAGAGCCCUGCCCGUGCGAUGGAGGCCACUGCAGCAGGGGUGACUCUUGUGAGGUUUUUUUUUUUUGUCCUCCACCUUUUGAGAUUUUGUGAUAAAGGGGAUGUGCGCCCACCCGACGUCUGUGGGUUGUCUAGACUCCACUUGUCCACGGUUCUUUUGUUCUAGGCUGUGAACCCGUCCUUGUCUCCCCCCACUGUGUGUUUAAACCUUAAUGGUUUGGGAUGUGAACGUGUGUUGACUAGCUGUAAAGGUUUUUUGGGGUGGGUGGGUGGGAAGGGGAUCCUGAACAGUAGAGGCCAAUCGAGAAUUCGGUUUGGUUUUUUUUUUUUUUUCUUUUCUACUUUUUUUCCAAAAAGAAAAGGGAGGGAUGAGUGGGUACAUUUUUUUUAAGCUGUCUUGAAUACCUAUUUAAAUGUUUUGGGUUUUGUUUUGUCUAUUUUGUUUUUUUUUUUUUUUUUAGGAAUUUUUUUUAAGCUGCCUGUGAUAAGUCCACUGGGCUGAGGGUGGGGGCCUCAGGCAGGAGCUCACCCAUAGCUCUCUCUUCCCUGUGACGACUUCCCCAGAUAGCAUUAGCCACCCUCAGGGGGGGAGAAUCAGGCUGUGGGGGAUCCACCUCGCCCAAGUCUCCUUUUAUUGAAAUAGAAUUUGAGGGGAAAAGAAAAAAAACCUUACACGAGCACCGAAUUUCAAAUAAACGAAAAUGAGACAUGA